AAUCACUGCAGAGCCAUGGGUAUAACUCCCAGUCCGUGGCUCACUCACAUUGCCUCAGACAACGAGUCACAUACGGUGUGCCUUGUUCUCCGGACUCCUGCGUUCCUGUUCCCAGCGAUUCCCUGUGGUUACCUCCUGUCAUCUCAUCUCACUUCAACUCUCCUGUUUUCUUCAGACUUCAUCCACAGCCAGUUACCAGCUCAUCAAGCAGUAGAGACUCUCCUCAGGCUUUACAUUUUAUUAGACAAGAGUCAAGAGCAUCAGGAGGACAGAAAUCGCACUAUGUCUGUAAAGGAUAAACCACGGGACAAGUUCCACUUUGUCAGUAUUAUAUUCCUCAUCCUGGGUCUUGGGACUCUGCUGCCCUGGAACUUUUUCAUCACUGCAAUUCCAUAUUUUCAGGCUCGUCUUUGUUUGGAAAAGCCAUUAACAAAUGGGAACUCAUCGGGAUCUGUUGCGAGUGGUAAUUUAUCGGAGUCCCAGACGAAUGAAAGUGGGAGGUGCACAGAUGAUUUUAAUUUCAGUAACUGGAUGACCCUCUUGGCCCAGCUGCCCCUGCUGCUAUGUACACUCCUAAACUCCUUCAUUUAUCAAUGCAUCCCUGAAAAAGUGCGCAUAGCUGGCAGUAUGGUGGCUAUCCUGGCACUCUUUAUUUUCACUGCUGUCCUGGUGGUUGAAGUUGAGAUGGGUGCCCAGACCUUCUUCGAUCUGACAAUGGCAACUAUUUGGUUUAUAAAUGCUUUUUGUGCUAUCCUACAGGGCAGCUUGUUUGGCCUGCUGACCCUUUUCCCCCAGCAUUACAGCAGUCUGUUCCUCAGUGGUCAAGGGAUGGCCGGUACUUUUGCUGCUCUUGCUAUGCUGCUCUCCAUGUCCAGUGGGGCAGAUCAUCGGACCACAGCCCUGGGUUACUUUGUCACUCCUUGUGUUGGGACUUUCAUUUCUAUCAUUUGUUAUCUGCUGCUUUCUCGUCUGGAUUUUGCACAGUAUUAUCUUUCUAAGUCCAGUACCAACAGCUCAAAAAGUUAUGAGCUGGAGACAAAGACUGAGCUGUUAAAUCAAGAGGAAAACGGUGAUCCUGCAGAACAGAAGAAAGCUGUGCUGCUGCUAAAAGAAGCAGAGGCUGGUGGUGUUGGGGAGGAGAAACAGACGGUCUCUAUCUGUAUAGUAUUAAAGAAGAUCUGGGUGAUGGCUCUGACAAUUGUGCUGACAUUUGGGGCAACGCUUGCAGUGUUUCCUGCAAUCACAGCAAAAGUUACCAGCAGCACGGAGAGUGAAGGCUGGCGUAAGUUUUUCAAUCCUGUAUGCUGUUUCUUGUUGUUUAACAUUAUGGAUUGGAUUGGGCGUAGCAUUACUUCAAAAACAUUGUGGCCUGGUCCUGACUGUAAGUACCUACCCCUAAUGGCCGCUGGACGCUUUCUGUUCGUACCUCUCUUCAUGUUGUGUAACAUUGAAGAGCGCUACUUCCUCGCCUCCUUCUUCUACAGUGAUGCCUGGUUCAUCCUCUUCAUGAUCCUUUUCUCUCUCAGCAAUGGCUAUUUUGUAUCCUUACCCAUGUGCUUGGCGCCCAAGAAAGUAUUGCCCCAUGAGAGUGAAACAACGGGUGCCCUCAUGACCUUCUUCCUUGCAUUGGGUCUCUCACUUGGAGCCGCAUUAUCCUUCGGCUUUAAAGUACUUUUAUAAGUCAACGUAAUUAAGCUGGAAGCAUCGAAUAUGCACUCCUAACAUUCUGCUUAGUACAUUCUAUCCCGGUGUUGUGCUCUACAGUCUAGAGCUAACACUCCGUCUGCUAAAGGCACUGGGCCCCUUUUUUUAAGUUGUUUACCAUUUUUAGAUAGGAUUUUAUCAGUUCUACUUUUUAUUUGUUUUUAUUUGCUUUAUUUAUCAUUGCUGCUACAGUAUUUUCUGUAGGAAACCUCAUAUUUUUUGAUAAUAGUAUUUAUGUUGAGAAAAUAAUAUCCAAUGCAAUGUUUUUGUACAUAAAAUAUUCUAGGAUUUUGGAAACGUAUAUUCAUUCUGUCUUGCAGACCUUUAUAAAAAAAAAGUUCUAUCUGUAUAGGACUAUACAUACACAAGUUGGGACUAAAUAUCCUAUAUAGAAAACUUUAAACAAAGCAUGGUGUAAAUGAAAAUGAGACUCCAUCUUAUCCAUGUCUUCUGAAGCAUGGACCCACAAAAUCGGUCAUUAUAGUCUGUAUAGUGUUGAUAUGUAGGCAGCUGCAUACGUUUUGUCCAUUAAGAUCCCCAGACACCGUGAUUUUUGGCUCCAGUUUGAUCGUUUUAGACCAAAUAAGUAGAAAUACUCUGAAUGUGUGGGUCCAUUAGGAACUCUAGCCUAUUCAAUAUUUGUUCAUGAUCACUCCUAUGUCCAUCUGGAUUGGUGGAAUUUGUAGCUGUAUAAUGACUUCAGCCAUAUACGUGGCUAAUUAUUCCGCACAGGAUCAAGCUAUUCUCAAAUUGAGCUUCGCUUUGACACUGGAUAGAGAAGGUUAUUUUUUCUAUUUGUUUUAUUAGUUGUUUAAAAAGUCUGAUGUGUGAACUUGUACACUCAAGUUGUACCUGGCUACCUAAACGUGAAGCCAGUUGCACGAAAGGGAAAAAAAUUGAAAAUUCUGUAUUAAUGUAAAUACAAUUACGGUAGUUCAUUUUUAUUACUGACAACUUUUAUCUAUUCUUUCCCGCUCAUUGAUCUCCCCCACACACAAACACCCCACUGAUGGCUGAUUUCCCCCCCCCCCCCCCCCUCCUCCCUCAAAUAUUAUAGGAUUGUAAAGGGAAUAAAAUACAGGUCCCAAUUAUUUUUACAGGUUUUUUUGUUUUGUUUUUCACGGGGUUUGUUUAGUUGUGAAAAUUAAAUUUAAAAAAAAUCAAGUUCUGAUGGGUUGGCCCAUGAAUACGAAUGUUUUGAACUUAGAAGAGACAGUCACCUGAUUUUAUUUUUGUAGAACUGUAAUUUAGAAAGCCAUGUUCUGCAGUGUGUGAUCUUACACAGACAGGGGAAUGCUGGUGCCUGGUCACACAAGUGCUACAGCUGUUCAGUGUGUGUGCAAUGCACUGGCAGCUGAAGGUCGCUCUGCAUUCUAAAUCAAAGCAAUACAACAAAGGUUAGUGGUUAGACAGCUGCACGGUGUGCCCAGGUGUUACAAGUAGAUACACUGAAGUGUAUUGCAGAUGAACAGCUCUACCAUCGAUGUACAAAUCUAUUCAAUAUCAAUAACUAAUACAUACUGCACAAGUGUGGUCCCAGAUCUGUUCAGGCUUGUUCUAUUUAAAUAGCAGUCUAUUGAAAUAUGCGUCUUAAUCAACCCAAAUAAGGUAAAAAAUACAAACACAUUGCAGUAUGUGUACUGCAGAGACUUGUGUUUUACAAUCACAUAUGAAGUACUUUUUGGGGUAGAUUCCUAAAAGCUUCUAAAACAAACAAGUGGUGGUGUUGCCUAUAGCAACUAAUCAACCUUAAUCAUUUUCUAGAACGCAUGAAAGAAAUGAUAGCUACAAUCUGGUUGCAAUGGAAAACUGCCUUCACUUCAUUUUUAGAAACUAGUAAAUCUACCCCGUCUCUCGUUAUUUUCCACUCAAAUCUUGUGUGAAAGGAACAGUAUUGUAACACCGACUGUGUGAAGCCAUUUCCAAUAAUGGGGUCUAUUUACUAAGCCUUGGAUGGAGAUAAAGUGGUUGUAGUUAAAACACCAGCAAACCAGCUCCUAACUGACUUGUCAAGGCUGUGCUUGAACAAUGUCAGUUAGGAGCUGAUUGGCUGCUGUUUUAACUCCUUUCACUUUAUCUUCAUCCAUGGCUUUGUAAAUAUACCCCCAGUCUGACAAUCUGCCUGAUUCAGAGAUGGAUGCAGUUCACGAGUGCUGCAUCUUUGCAUGCAGCAGCAAUGUGAAAAUACGCUAAUGCAGCCAGGAGGCGCCUUGUGUAAAUAGACGCCUCCUGUCUGCUUCUGUGAUCCUAAGAUGCAUCAUUAAAUCACGAGAAAACAUUGAAAAUAUGAGUUAGGAGAUGUAGAACCAGCACGCCCAGAAAACGGGGGUGGUGUACUUCCAUUUUUGGGAAAGCUGGCCAUCCUCGACCCGCCCCAUCAUUCAGGCUGUGACUCUGGGAACCUGUCGGAUCUCUUGGUAGAAGAUCAGCGCAUGCGUGGUACAGAUCCUGCACAUUUGGAUUGCAUACUACUGUGAAACAGGCCCAAUGUCUGAUUGACUAGCGCAAAUGUAUAAAAUACACAGCAUAAAUAAGACUCCAGAGAUGAUGGUUUACAGUUAUCUUUGAUGAAAAAGUGUUGAUCACGUAUGAGUAUGUGCUAUGCUAGUGGACAACAUGCCUUCCAGUAUAAAUAUAUAAUUGCAGAUAAAAAAAAUUAAAAAAACAAUGCUUUUUGUGGGAACACCUGGAUGAUCUUUAAGUGUCUGGAUUUAGUUAAGUGACAAUUAUUCCAAAGUUUACUUUUUGCAUAUGAAAGUAAAAGUCCACAAUUAAACUUUCAAUUUAUAUUAUUAGAUAUAAAUAAGAUGCCUGUAAACCAGUCACUGAUCAUAGCAUAUCCGUUAAGACAGAGCUGUGUUACAAAGUGGACCUCUGAUGACAUUGCAGAAUACUAUUUAUUUUGACUUAUUGUACUGUUACUGCCAUAAAAUAUAUCUGGAAAAAUAAUUAAGCAUUUGUCAACUUAUUUUUGUAUGCUAACCAUUUUCUAUUAUUUUGUGUUUUUUACAAUAAAAUAUUCUUUUUAUUGAGUA